AUGUUGAAUAAUAAGCUCAGUGGUGUGUUGCUGCAUCACAUGGACAUGGCAGUGGCCCCUGAGCCAGAGGUACUGUGCAUAUUUGGGACUGGGGACUUGGGGCGCUCUCUGGGCCUACGUCUCCUUCAGUCUGGUUACAGAUUGGUGUAUGGCAGCCGCAGACCUCACACCUGUGGCCCUUUGCCUCAGGGAGCACAGGUGAUGAGCCACGCAGAAGCAGCCCAGUCUGCCAGUCUGAUCUUUAUUUGCGUUCACAGAGACCACUAUGAAUUCAUGGAGAAAAUGCAACCUCAUCUCCACGGAAAGGUGCUGGUGGACCUCAGUAACAACCUGAAGAAAAAUAUGUAUCCAGAAGCCAAUGCUGUCUACUUGCAGAGGCUGGUCCCCAAAGCUUCUGUGGUGAAAGGCCUUAACACAUUGUCUGCCUGGGCUCUGCAGAAUGGACUUCUGGCUGGAAAACAGGUGUACCUAUGUGGGGACAACGCAGAAGCAAAGCAGGCAGUAGCACAAAUGACAACCAAACUGGGCCUUACUGUUCUGGAUAAAGGUUCCCUAUCAGCAGCUGGAGAGCUGGAGGACUUUCCUCUAAAACUGUUCACAGAGUGGAGGGUGCCUCUAUACAUAGCCUUCAGCCUCACUGCCUUCUUCUUCUUCUACCUGCUCAUCAGAGAUAUCAUUUACGCUUAUGCUGAAAAGGGGACUGACAUCUCCUACCGAAUCAUUGUGUCCCUGGCCAACAAGGUGUUUCCAAUUGUGUCACUCAUCAUGCUGUCUCUUUGUUACCUGCCUGGUGCUAUAGCAGGUUUAAUUCAACUUUACAGAGGGACCAAAUACAGGCGCUUCCCUAACUGGCUGGACAGCUGGAUGCUGUGCAGGAAGCAGCUGGGUCUGGUUGCACUGGGCUUUGGGUUUCUCCAUGCCAUCUACACAAUUAUAAUUCCUAUUCGCUAUGCUUUCAGGCACAAACUCAUCUCGUCUGUUGUGGAUGAGAUGAAGGAUAAUAAAACCACACCAUUUUACUUUGAUCAAACUGAAGCGUGGGGCACAGACACAUUCAUAGCCCUGGGAAUCCUGGGUUUCUUUCUUUUUGUCCUGCUAGGACUAACAUCCCUGCCCUCUGUGGGAGGCACUUUCAGCUGGAGAGAAUUCAGCUUCAUUCAGUCUAAGCUGGGCCAUCUGACUCUGUUCAUAUGCACAGCACAUGGCUACAUUUAUGGCUGGAAUAAAUUUCUUCCCCCCUACAAAUGGUACACCCCUCCGGCCUACAUGCUCUGUCUGAUUGUGCCUUCUGUGACUCUGGUGCUCAAGCUACUUCUUCUUCUCCCCUGUGUGGAUCGCACCCUCACCCGCAUUCGGCAAGGCUGGGAGAGGAAUCAGCCAAGAGAGGAGAUGAGUGAGAUGAAGGCCACCAGCCUGUGA